CUCUUCUUCCAGGAUCCCUCGGUGACACAGCUGACAAAUGCUAACCAAGGUGGCUUGGAUGAAUUCAACCCCUUUUCUGAGAGCUCCCAGCUGACAAAUGCAGCACAGACGACGCCUGCGACGCAGCCCUCUGGCCCCUCGCAACCUGCUGUUCUGCAGACGUCUGUGGAACCCACUCCACAGGCUGUGGCUGCAGCUGCUCAGGCUGGACUCCUUCAGCAGCAGGCAGAAUUAGAGAGGAAGGCAGCUGAGCUGGAGAAGAAGGAAAGGGAAUUGCAAAAUCAUGCAUCUGGCAUCAAUCCAAGACAAAAUAAUUGGCCACCUCUUCCCAAAAAGUGUCCGAUCAAGCCAUGCUUUUAUCAGGAUUUCUCUGCAGACAUCCCAGCUGACUACCAGAGAGUAUGCAAGAUGCUGUAUUACUUGUGGAUGUUGCACUCGGUUACCCUGGUCCUAAACCUGCUUGCUUGCUUGGCAUGGUUCACAGUCCAGCCAGAGAGAGGAGUAGAUUUUGGUCUCUCGAUCCUGUGGUUUAUUUUAUUCACCCCUUGUGCCUUUCUCUGUUGGUACCGACCAAUUUACAAGGCUUUCAGAUCUGACAGCUCCUUCAGCUUCUUCGUCUUCUUUUUCAUCUUCUUCUGCCAAAUAGCAAUCUACGUCAUCCAGGCUGUUGGCAUUCCUGGCUGGGGAGACAGCGGGUGGAUCGCGGCUCUGUCCGAGCUGCACCAAAACCUGGCUGUGGCCAUUAUCAUGAUGGUGGUGGCAGGAUUCUUUACGCUCUGUGCAGUUCUCUCGCUCUUUCUCCUCAAGCAGGUGCACUCUCUGUAUCGGCGCACAGGGGCCAGCUUCCAAAGAGCCCAGGAAGAGUUUUCCCAAGGCAUCCUCACCAACAGGGGCUUCCAGAACGCAGCGGCCGGUGUCGCCUCCUCGGCCGCGCAGGGGGCUUUCCGGGGCAACUAGCCCGUUGCACGGGGGUCUCCACCUUGCUUCCUCUCGCAUCGUGACCCCAACCUUCCUUUUCUAAAGAUGCACUUUCUGUGGGUACCGUGUUAGCUCUGUGAUGCUGACUCCAGAUGAGAAGUCCGGAUGAGAAGUCUUUUUUGUUUUUGUUUUUUUUUUUUUAAAGCUUCAGCUGGCCUACAUUUAUGAUGGUUAGGUAUUCCUUCCAUGUUUUAGCAUAUGGGGAGAUAGGAGAUGUUCUCUAAAGCAAAUACAUUUCUCCUUAUCCAGGACAUGCUGAGUGUUUGUCUCAGUUCCUCUCCUUGCCCUGCUUGCAGCAGAAAGGCGAAGGGAAGCAGGUUUUU